AUGAAUUCCCCUACAGUCCUCACCCACUCUCUCUCUCUCUCUCUCGCUUCCCUAAGAAGGCCCUUUGUCAAACUCUUUUCGGAGACAGCUGCAAUGGCGGUGACCACCGUGGAGAACGGAAACCACAGGUUUGGUCGAUGGUCUCAUUAAAUGUAUCGGUCACAGCCAUUAAGGAAUGCCAACUACUCAUUGGUCGAUAUCAGUGCGACAGCAGGGUCCAUGCAGCGAGCGAUCGGUAUCACGACAGGACACCCGUGGGGACUCCGUAGAUCGAUCUCUUCUACCUGCACUGUGACCUCCUCCCUAACCUCAACAGCACCUUCCCAUCCUCUUCUUUUUACGCGGGUGUUCUUCAUGUUGAAUUAGUGUCAGAAAGUUGCAGGGGGGAGGGUGGAGAUGGGGACGAUCGGUGGCGAAGAGAUGGCCCGAUGGGAGAAGGAUGAGGGCGGAACGAAGGAGGAGAGGAUAGUGGUUUCGGUGAGGAUGAGGCCACUGAACGCUAAGGAGAUGGAGAAGAGCGACCCCUCGGAUUGGGACUGCAUCGACGACACCACCGUCGUCUUCAAGAACAGCCUCCCGGAGCGAUCGGUGUUUCCGACAGCUUACACCUUCGACAGAGCAUUCGGGUGUGACUGCAACACGAGACGUGUCUACGAUGAAGGAGCCAAAGAAGUUGCUCUUUCAGUUGUCAGCGGAAUCAAUGCAAGUAUAUUUGCCUAUGGACAGACGAGCAGCGGAAAGACAUACACGAUGGCCGGCAUUACUGAGUACACCAUGGAAGACAUAUACGACUACAUCAAGAAGCAUGAGGAGAGAGAAUUCGUCUUGAGGUUCUCGGCGAUGGAGAUAUACAACGAAGCAGUGAGAGAUCUGCUGAGCAGUGAUGGUUCCCCUCUCAGGCUUCUUGAUGAUCCAGAGAGAGGGACUGUCGUGGAGAAACUCACAGAGGAAACUCCAAGGGAUCAAUGGCACCUCAGGGAGCUUCUUUCUACUUGUGCAGAACAGCGACAGGUCGAAGAGACGUCGCUGAAUGAAACAAGCUCUCGAUCGCAUCAGAUACUGAGACUGACAAUCGAGAGCACUGCUCGGGAGUCGAAGGGUAGGGACAGUAGUUCAAGCACUCUGUUGGCUGCCGUGAAUUUUGUUGAUUUAGCGGGAAGUGAACGAGCGUCUCAAGCAUCUUCCGCCGGUAAUCGGCUAAAAGAAGGUUGCCAUAUCAACCGAAGCUUGCUCACCCUGGGAACUGUGAUCCGCAAACUAAGCAAAGGAAGAACGGGCCAUAUACCAUAUCGAGAUUCCAAGCUGACACGCAUACUGCAACCCUUCUUGGGUGGAAAUGCAAGAACUGCCAUCAUCUGCACGAUGAGCCCUGCACGCAGCCACAUCGAGCAGUCGCGAAACACCCUCCUAUUUGCGAGCUGCGCAAAACAAGUAGUCAUCAAUGCGCAAGUCAAUGUGGUGAUGUCCGACAAGGCGCUGGUGAAGCAUCUGCAAAGAGAACUUGCAAGAUUGGAGCAUGAACUGAGGUAUCCAGGAUCAGCUUCCUGCACACACCAUUCUGAUGCUUUAAGAGACAAAGAUACCCAGAUCAAGAAGAUGGAACGGGAAAUAAAGGAGCUGAUGCAGCAAAGAGAUCUUGCUCAGUCUCGUCUCGAGGAUCUGCUCCAUGCUGUAGUGGAUGAGCAAUCUUCAAGACAAUGGGAGGACUCGAGUCAGUCAUCGGCAUCCCACGCACGCGGUGAAUGCGAAGAUGCACUUUCGAUUUCUGCUGCAUCUGCUAUCGCAUACCAAAUUCCGGAGUUCUACUCCUCGAGAUUUGAUGUAUCAAAAGAAAGCAAUGAACACAGCAAGCGACACAUCGAGCUUCCCGAUAAGAUGGAGCCACCUCGGUGGUCGAUCAGCAGUCCUCCUCUGCACGAACAGAUCCAACAACAAGGGAAUGAUGAUACUGAAGAACACUGCAAGGAAGUUCGGUGUGUUGAGAUACAUGCCUUGAGCACAACCAGAAGUGAAGAAUUCAAUCUCUUGUUGAAUGACGAAAGCGGGAGUGAUCUGCUGCCACUGACCGACGAGGACAGACUUGGGGAUCCAGCUCCAGGAUCUGAAGGCGAUGCACACCUGAGAGCUGCAGUAGAGCAAUCGAUGGACAUCGAAACAAAGACAACCGAGAACGUUGUCAAACCAUGUCCUCAAGAAUUGAAUUCAGUGCAAAAGACAAUGAGCUCCAGGGAGCUGAUACUAACCAGAAGUAGAAGUUGCAAGGCAAGUCUGAUGAGCGGCUCAAUCUUGUCUUGGCUUGAACAUGUUGAACGAGACAACAAGACACCACCACCUAAGAUCUUCAGAGAAAAGUUACCUGGAAGGCCCGAAGAGGAUGAAAGAAGACUCCCUGCAUCGGAUUAUGAUGUUGAAAGCGAGAAACUCUCAGCAGAAGUCACUUCGAGCGACAUGCCCAAAACCGAAACUGUACGCGGAGAGGUUGAUGACCAUGUCAAUGCCGCUUUCUUGGUUGAAGAUGAUCGUCAGAAACAACUCCCUUCCGAUCAGGAGGCUCAAGGGGUUCUGUCGGAAGGCCAUGGAGCUGAGAAGAGCAUCGAGAACGUAGGCAUGGACGCAGUGCUAUGUUCCUUGGAGUCUCCCUCGCGAUGGCCGCUGGAAUUCGAGAGGAAGCAACGGGAGAUAAUCCAGCUCUGGCAUGCUUGCGAUGUUCCCUUGGUCCACAGAACUUGCUUCUUCCUCCUCUUCGAUGGCGAUCCAGCCGACUCCUUCUACAUGGAAGUAGAAUGCAGACGGCUGUCCUUCCUGCGAAACACCUUCUCUCGUGGAAAUGCCGGCGACUUGGUUGCUUCGAGCUUGAGAUGCCUUCGUCGGGAGCGAGAGAUGCUGUGCAAGCAGAUGCAGAAGAAGCUGUCGCCGGAGGAGAGGGAGAGCCUUUACGCCAAGUGGGGAGUUGUUCUGAGCUCGAAGCAGAGGAGGCUGCAGCUGGCUCGACGCCUGUGGACUGCGACCGACCUCGAGCACGUAGCAGAGAGCGCAUCGCUCGUGGCCAAGCUGACGGGAUUCGCGGAGCGAGGGCACGCCAUGAAGGAGAUGUUCGAGCUCAGCUUCACGCCGCAGCAGACCCACAAGCGAUCCUUCGGUUGGAUGCACGGCAAGUCCCUCCUCAUGUGAGCAGAUCUGCCAUGGCUUGACGACGACGACGACUAAUUGCAAAACCUUUUCUUUGUUUUUCUUGCGACUAUUUUGGUCGAUUCUGCCCGCAAAGAAGUGAUGUAAGUUUUUGCGAUGCAUCAAAGGAGAGAAAUGCUGCGUAUUGUGUGAUAAAAGACCGAAGGCUGAAGCAGUUUUCAGCUAGAUUGUUGUCAUCUUUGGUACUUCUUCUAUUUAGCCUUUCAGCACA